GCUGGUGGUUUGUAAGUACAUUGGAUGAACAAGGAUGGGUUCCCGCAACAUGCCUAGAGGUCCAGGACGGUGCCCCGGAUGAAUUUUCAAUGCAGACUGAAGAAGAGAAGUAUAUGGUGAUCUACCCAUAUGCUGCCCGGGAUCAAGAUGAAAUAAACCUGGACAAAGGAGCUACAGUGGAGGUGAUCCAAAAAAAUCUGGAGGGCUGGUGGAAAAUCAGAUAUCAGGGUCAGGAGGGCUGGGCCCCAGCAUCUUACCUGAAAAGAGGGAGUGGAGACCUACUUACAUCAAAACUGGGAUCUGCAGCUUCAGCCCAUUCACACCCGUUGGAUAUGGAUGGACUUUCUCGACAGCAAAACUCCCCGGGUCGAGACAAGGAUGGACCGAGUAAUCAAAGAGAUGGAAGAUAUGAUGGUCGCCCCUUGCCCAACGUGGACCUUCAACGAAAGUCACCAAAGAUGAGACAAAGACCCCCUCCGCGUCGAGAUCUCUCAAUAAAACGGUGUGUCAAUCUGCCAAAGCCUCCAGUGCCCCCCCAGGUGGAGGAAGAGUAUUACACCAUUGCUGAUUUCCAGACCACCAUCCCUGAUGGGAUCAGCUUCCAGGCAGGACUGAAAGUAGAGGUAAUUGAGAAGAACCUAAGUGGUUGGUGGUAUAUUCAAAUUGAAGAGAAGGAAGGCUGGGCGCCGGCUACUUUCAUUGACAAAUACAAGAAAACUAGCAAUGCGAGUAGACCUAAUUUCUUGGCACCGUUACCAAACGAAAUAGCACAGCUCCGGCUUGGUGACAGCACAGCAGAGAACAGCUCUAAUGGAGACCCUGCUGGGCCAUCUCGACCUCUGCCUGAAGCACCCCCUAAUGGUGUUGAAUAUGGAAUCAAAUGGAAAGGAAAGGAGACAUCCCAGGAUGCUUUGCCUGAGAACAGUGAUGCCUCUUUGUGCGUCGGGUAUGAGGAAAUAGGCGAUCGGGAUAUGGAAGAGAAACCCAGUCUUCCUCCAAGGAAGGAAUCCAUAAUUAAGUCAGAAGAGGAGUUAAUGGAGAGGCAAAGGUUGGAGCAGCGGCCACCUCCAAAGCCUCCUGGCAUGAUUUUACCUGGAAUUCCUCCAAAGCAGGCCGUCCCUCCGAGGGACAACAAGAAGCCAGAGCUUAAAACAGAGAAGGGCAAAUUGUUCCAGUUGAAAAAUGAAAUGGGCCUUGAGUGUGGUCAUAAGGUUUCUCCAAAAGAAAUAAAGAAGCCCAAUCUCCGGCCCAUAGUCAAGCCAAUGAAACCAAAGAUGGAGCCCCCGGAGGAUAAGCCUGAGGCAGCUACCCCGAACCUUUUUCUGAAAUCAAAACCUCAGAUCAAACCGAAGCCAGCACCUGCCCCUAGGACAGACCCUCCUCAGUCAGAGAAUAAAUUAGAUCUUUGCAACCUGAGGAGCAAACUCAAGCCUGCAAAGGCUCAAGAGAGGCUGUCAGAGCAGGACCCCGUGGUUAAUGAGAGUGCCUUCAGUAACAGUGGACUUCCAGCAGAACCUUCUGUCAAAUCUCAGGAAAAGCCAAACGUGGAGAUUAGACCUCCCUCUAGACCUGACAGCCAAAUCUUUAAGGAGGCUCCUUUCCCCAAAGUUCCUGUGGGUUCAUCAAAGCCAGGUGAAAAUGAACCCAAGAGCAGCUUUCCGGUACCCAGGGAACCCCCUCAACGUCCAGUAGUACCUCCUAGAAGGCCUCCACCUCCUAAGAAAUCUAGUGUGCCAGCACCCUCGGCUUCAUUUGCCCCCCCUGCAGAACAUAAAGCCGCCCAGAAGGAAGUGCCUGACGUUCGAGCUGUCCCAGUGUCCAGUAGGCCAAUAUUGGUUCCACCAAAAGCCAAAGCCUUCCUACCGUGUCCUGGCCAAGAGGAAACCAAAACCAAAAGCAGCUCAGGCCAAAAGUCAUUGCCCAAGUCUGUGGAGAAGGAAAGAGCAUCCGUUCCAAUUGCCAACCUGGAUGUCCCCAAAGAAGCCCUCUACGUGGCUGUGGCAGAUUUUGAAGGAGAUGAAGAAACUAGCAGUUUUAAAGAAGGGACUGUAUUUGAAGUCCGUGAGAAGAAUAGCAGUGGCUGGUGGUUUUGCAAAGUCCUCGCAGCAGGGCCGUGUUGGGAAGGCUGGAUUCCUUCCAAUUAUCUCCGAAAAAAGCCAUAGUCCUGUUGUUGCUUUUGCAUUACAACAGCUCAACAAUCCCUGUUUUAGUAUUACGGUAUUUAAUUAGCGUAUUUAUAGUUCUUCGUAAGGCCCAACUCUAUUCGAAACAACAAAAAGCAAAGUAUCUGGGAUACGAAACAUUCCAAUUUGGGUAUGUCUCCGAAAUGAAUGGCAAGAGGAAACAUGCCAUUAUGUAGUAUUAUACCUAGGCUACUCUUCCUUCUGUAGGUAAGUCGUUUCUUGAACAAUGUUCA